UUGGAGGGCGGCGGCAUGAAAGGGCUCACGCCGCCUUUUUAUAAGAGGCUCGAGGGCGGGGGGCCGCCCGCAGCCGCCGGAGCCCCGAGAGCCCGCUGCAGAGAGUCCAUCUCUCCCCUCCCCCUCUCCCCUCCCCCCCUGCCCCCGCCCCCGUCCCGGACCCACCCCUCCCCCCGUGAGCCCGCUGGAUCCUGGAGCGUGACAGGAGCCCCAUGCGCGAGGGCUGAGGUAGCGCCCCCUCCCCGGGCCCCGGCCCUGGCUGCGGGGUGUAUGGCCCCCUCGUCCCUGACCAUGAAUCCUGGAGGCCAGAGGGGACCUGGCCCGGCGGCCGAAAGCAGCCGAAGCAACGGCCCCGGGACCGAGGAAGCUGGCCCGGGAGCCGAGCCCUCUCUGUCGCUCUCGUCGUCCCCGCGGGCUGCUGAGCAGCGUCCAGGGCCCGGCCCGCUCCCCUUCAGCGUGGAAUCGCUGCUGGUGCUGGAGCGCAGACCUUCCCGGGUGGCUAGGGCCCCCGAGGCGCGCGCGGGCCCGGGCCACGGCCACAGCCACAGCCACAGCCAUGGCCAAAGCCCGGGCCAGCCCCGGGGCGGCCGCUACGCGCCCGACGCAGGACAGGAGGCGGCGGCAGCUGGGGCUGCUGCGGAGCCCCGUGUGGAGGCGGCCGCAGCUGCUGGGGAGAGCCCCCGGGGGGACGCGGAGCCCGGCGCCUGGUUCCCCUCGGCCACCUACUCUUCUCCUCCUAGGCCCCCCAGUCCCCCACCGUGCACCCUCCGAAAACACAAGAACAAUCGAAAGCCUCGGACGCCUUUUACCACAGCACAACUGCUGGCCUUAGAACGGAAAUUCCGCCAGAAACAGUACCUGUCCAUUGCUGAGCGAGCAGAGUUCUCCAGCUCACUGAGCCUUACGGAGACGCAGGUCAAGAUUUGGUUUCAGAAUCGAAGGGCCAAAGCCAAGCGACUUCAGGAAGCUGAGCUGGAGAAACUGAAGCUAGCGGCCAAGCCCCUUUUGCCUUCUUUUGCUCUGCCCUUCCCUUUGGGGGCCCACCUGCAAGGUUCACCUACUCUAUAUGGGGCCUCAAGCACCUUUCCACGGGGCACCCUGCAACCAGUGCCAGGGCUUUUUACAACCCCAGUCACCUAUGGCAUGUACUAUCUGUCCUAGGGACCAUUUGGUCUGCUUCUAUAAUCCCAAAGACUCAGCAAGCCUGGAGUCCUUCAGACAAACCCUAGGUCUAAACCUGAGAUCUGGAUGCCCAGGAAAAGGGCUAGAGAUGUGGGCCAAGCAAUGUGUCUUGUUCUGUGACUGGGGGAAAUAACCCUGUAGUGGGUAAAAGUUCUGUAUACAAAUUUCUUGAGAUUGAAACCAUAGCUGUUUAUCAGUCUCCAGAAUAGAGUCCUAUCUGGGAAAAGUGGCAUUCUCUCCAGAGAUUGGGGAAGGGGGUUGGAGAAAGCUCCAGAUCCAAGGUUCUAGGUUCUCAGAAGACAAGCCUUGCCCUGGACUUACUCAAAAGAAGUUUAUGGAGAGAUUCUUGUAUUUUUUUUUCCUACCCUAGUCUCUGAAGCAAUCUAAAAACAGAACCAACAUAAAAGUUGGUUAGUAAUGUGGAGUGAAUACAGUCAAAAUCAGGUAGUUAUGGGCCUCUUCCUGAUAAAUGGAAAGGAAGGCAGGCCUGGAAGUCACCACAGGUUUGCUCUUCCAGGUAAAUUUGUGGAAGUAGGAUGCCUCUGGACUGUAAAUUCAAAUCUCUGCCAUAUCCAGAGCAGCAGGUUUUGUUACUAUCAAGCCUUUUGAUUUUCCUUUUUAUUUGACUAAUAAGAGUUGCAUUUGAGGUCAGAAAUCUGCUUGGCAGUACCUCUCACAGAUAUUUAAAAGAUGUAUUUUUAAAAAAUCAAGUGCAUAUCAGAGUUAAGGAAACUGUUUACGGAAAGACAAUGUACAUAGUUUUUGUACAGUGGCCUCUGAUGGACUGGAAUAAAAUUUCCUAUUUUGUACAAAGCAGUCAAUAAAAUAUUCUAAAUUUAA